AUGGCGGCUGCUGUGUGCAGUACGCAGAGCACACCGAACCCAUGCACUGGCAAACUGCACAGAGAGCAUCUGCGGAAAAAUAAAGAUUCGCGAAGGAGACAGGCUGCGCUUUUAUUUCUCACCAAUAUAUCACUGGACGGACGGCCUGUGCGGAAUAAUGUCAUCGCAGCGGGCCCCGGUGAUGCCGAGUUUCAGUGCGCUGAUAUCGGCACGGCUGUCAACGAACUGUCCGCUGCGGCAAGUAGCGACGGGACCUUCUCCAGCCUCCCUGUGCCCAGACUCGGGCUGCUCGGUGUCCCGCCCAUCCUGGUGCUGCCGUCGGACUCUGGGUUCAGUAACGCGGGAAGCUCCGAGAUGUUCCUGGAGAGGACGAGAGGCUCGUUCUCCUCUCAGAGUAAUCUGCUGUCCCCGUGCAGUCUGCAGCCCACUCCGCUCGGACCACGGAAGUCUCCGACGCUGCUGUCGGUGCAGAGCUGCGGCUCUUCGCUGGACUCCCGACCGCGGAGCCGGAAUGCAUCUGGCUCUCCUCGUCCGCGCUCUAUGAAGAAAAUCCACUUUAUUAAGAACAUGAGGCAGUACGACACCAGGGGAAGCAGGAUCGUGUUGAUAUGCGCCAAAAGGUCUUUGUGUGCUGCCUUCUCUGUGCUGCCGUAUGGAGAGAGCUUUCACAUCAGCGACCCUCGUCUGGACGCUCAGCGGCGUAGACACUCGUCCGGAGGAAUUUCCACCACUCUAGAGAUGCUUCCCGGGCUGGAGGGUGUGGAGCUGGGCCUGUAUGGCAGGACAGUGUCGUACGCUCAGUUCCUGUACCCAACUAAUGCUCUGGAUCGACACAAACCCUCGGUGGAUCUGACUCUACCCCUGCCCUAUUCCAGAAACAGCAUCCCUCGCAGUUAUCCGUCCUCUCGCCUCAACAGCACCGUCGGCCUGGACCUGGGUCUUGAAGACUCUGAUUAUGAUCCUAAUAUGCUCAGUGACCCCCAGUGGCCAUGUGGAAAACAUAAAAGAGUGCUCAUCUUUGCCUCAUACAUGACGACAGUAAUAGAGUAUGUCAAACCAUCCGAUCUGAAGAAGGACAUGAAUGAGACUUUUAAGGAAAAAUUCCCCCACAUCAAACUCACGCUGAGCAAAAUCAGAAGUUUGAAGAGAGAAAUCCGAUUGGUGGGAGAGGAGUCCUGUCUGCAGCCGGUCACCAUAGCCAUGGCAUUUGUGUACUUUGAGAAGCUGGUCCUGCAGGGGCGUCUGAACAAGCAGAACAGGAAGCUAGUGGCGGCCGCAUGCCUGCUGCUUGCCGCCAAGAUCAGCAGCGACCUGAAGAAACAAGAGGUCAAACAGCUGAUCGACAAACUGGAGGAGAGAUUCCGGAUCAGCCGUCGGGAACUGAUUGCUUUCGAGUUCACCAUCUUGGUAGGGCUGGAAAUGGCACUUUAUCUUCCGGAGAGUAAAGUCAUGCCUCACUACCGCCGACUGGUACAGCAGACCUGAGAACUGUGUGUGGAGGCUUUUCAGUAUUAACGUCACACCAGAUGUGGAAAGCAGCCUGAAGCGUGGGACUUUGCGUUCCCGCCAUUGCAGUUUCAGGUAUCAGAGCGAAUGCACAUCGACACACAGCUCUAAGGAAGAUCCAACGCACCAAAUGAUGCUUUUUAUAGAAAUGGACCCGGCGGCAUUUGUUUUCAUUGCUGUCUGUUUUUAUUGUGACCACCAUGGGAAUACGGCUGAGGAAAUAGCAUAGAUCUUCUUUUAUCGAAACCAGAGGGUUUUUAACUCUCAUGCGACAAGGGAAUAGUUGAACUCCUGCUACUUCACAUGCAUGCGUUGAACAUUCCGUGUCUAUUUACCAAAAAUAACUUUUUUUAAUGUAAUGUAGACCUCUCCUUUUGUACAGAACAACCUACCAUUCACUGUAACACUAAAGCACUUUGUUUGAAACUUUACAUGUUUUAUAUCUAAACCGUAUGCAAUAAUAAUAGUUAUUAGCACAGAUUAUGUAAUAUAUCUAUAUCUAUAUGCACCUACUUUAGUAGCGUUCUCUGAGUGACUGAAUCUACAUUAGUAUUCAAACCCAAUAUGUUUGUUGUUUUUGAUGGAACUUCAUUGUACUGUGAAGAGCGCUCUAUGUUAGAGCUGAUUUCAAAAGCAGCACAUUUUCAGUGCUGCUGUGUUUAAUCUUUUAUUUAUAUAGAAUUUUUAAAAACCCUCUUUUUUAAGUUUCACAGAGCAGAUAACAACAUUUUUAUUUUUAGGUGAAUUAUUCUUAUAAUCAUUAUACUGUAGAUACAUAUUAUCAUUCAAAUGUGGUUGUAGUUUUGUCCCACAAUAAUGCAUUAUAUUUGAUCAAAAGUGACAGUAAAGACAUACAUGCUGUCUUCAAUAAAUGAAAAAUGCUACUGUGACAAGACUUUUAAGAUUGAGGGCUCUAUUUUCAUGAUCUAGGCGCAAAGUUUAAAGCGCAUGGCGCAAAAGCAUUAAGGGUGUAUCCGAAUCUAAUUCUGCUAUUUAAAGAAAAAUACGCUUCGCGCCCUGCUGCAUGUCUAAUAGGGUUGUGCUUAUUCUCUUAAUGAGUUAUGGGUGUGUUUUAAGCAUAACAUGCAUUAACCAAUCUGAGUGUCAUCUCCCAUUCC